CUGGACAAAAUUACCAAAUUCUAUACCAACCUUACUAAACACAAAGCGGGGUUCGCUAGUACUAUUCCAAGCUCAACACUAUUCUACAACCGAAUCUAUAGUCUAAAAAUAAUGCAAAAUACACAACAACUACAACUUAUCAACAAUUUCUCUAAAAUUCUUAAUCAUCCAUCCUUUGGCACAUUCGCAUUAAAAAUAAGGCUACAACAACUACAAAAUUCUGCUACUACAAACCACUCGAUCCUUAUGCACCAACCCAUUCUUCCAUCACCAGAAAAUAAAACAACUACCGUACAAAUAAUACUGAAACUUCACAAGGUCCAACUUAUUUUACACAAUGAUAGUAACAUCUGGCCAAUACCAAUGAACCAAAUAGGAACCUCUAUUAACAGUAUACUAUACUCAAACCUGAAAGCCUCAGUCAUAAAAGGAAAACUAAAUACACAUCAUAUCUACUUUAUCGAACAAUUAACUAAUUCUUCUCAUACACAGCUCUUAACUUGGCAGGAAUCACAUCACAAUACACAAAAAAUACCCAGAGGCAGACAACCUAAAUGGUACAACACCCUCCUAAAUGAUAUCGCUGCAGCAGAAAAUAUUCAUAAUCAGCUUAUCCAACCCAACUCCUUCACUAUACCACCUAUAAAUAACUAA